AUGGCUACGCUAAUCCGUGCUUACAAUUCAGCUCUUCUUCGGAAGCCUAUGAUCACGCAGUGCACGACCGCUGCCAUACUAUUUGGAGCUGGAGACAUAAUAGCGCAGCAGGCUGUCGAGGGGAAAGGGAAAGACCAUGAUUUUCUUCGUACGGCGAGGUUAAGCUUUUACGGGGGUGCACUGUUUGGCCCAGCCAUGACAAAGUGGUACUCCUUCCUGAAUAGAAUCAAAUUCCCCAGCCCUACUAAGGCGUUGGUGUACCGGGUACAGUCGUGUUUUUUUACUCAUGUUAUGGUUCUCACCCCAGUGGCUGUUGCCUUCUUCUACGGAUCAAUGAGCGUUCUUGAAGGAAAACCAGACGAGGCGCUAUCUCGUAUCAAAGCCGCAUACGUACCCACCAUCAUCCGAAAUUGGGGGGUAUACAUCCCAACACAACUGAUAAACUUCUCAAUCGUCCCACCACAUCUCCGUUUCUUUACCGUUAGUGUUGUCAGCUUGUUCUGGAAUGCCUACCUGAGCGCGUCGAACGCGCAGGUACACAAGGACGUGGUUACGGAGGCUGAGUUGGAAAAAGCAGUAGAUACAGUGGACUAG